AUGUUGACAAAACACAUUGUGAACUUUAAGGAACCACAUAAAUGUAAAAAGCCAAACCUGAAAGUCUACAUCAAUACCACAGGUGACUCCAUUCUCAUGAAGUUUCUUCGUCCAGAUCCAAACAUCAAACUAGAAGGUUUUGUCUUGGGAUAUGGCAGCAAUUCGCAUUCCAACCAGUACUUCCCAUUGCCUUCAGAAGGGAAGUCAUCUGAGGCGGAAGUUGAUGCGGAGCCUAAAUAUUUGAUAGUGGUGCGACCUGCACCCCCUCCAAGCCAAAAGAAGAAAUGUUCAGGUAAAUCCCGUACCCGAAAACCUCUCCAAAUGGUAGUCGGCACUUUGUCACCAAGCUCAGUCUUUCUGUCCUGGGGUUUCCUCAUCAACCCACAAUAUGAUUGGACCUUACCGAGUCAGUGUCCUAAUGACAGAUUAUAUACAGUUCGCUAUCGGGAAAAAGACAAAGAAAAAAAAUGGAUUUUCCAAAUCUGCCCAGCCACUGAAACAGUAGUUGAGAAUCUGAAGCCAAAUACCAUUUACGAAUUUGGAGUGAAAGAUAAUUUAGAAGGCGGACUCUGGAGCAAGAUUUUUAAUCACAAGACUGUGGUAGGAACUAAAAAUAAAGGAAAUGGAAAAAUUCAAAGUACCUAUGACCAGAUGCAUACAGUGCCAGCAUACAUUCCAAAGAAGAUAAUUCCCAUUACAGUUAUCAAACAAGUAAUUCAGAAUGUCACACAUCGAGCAGCAUCGAAAUCUCCAGACAGGCCUUCUGUAGGAGGAACAAUACUAGUCCAUCUUAUCAUUCCUGGUCCGAAUGACACCACUCUGAAAGGUCCUCCACCUGUCGUGUUGGAUAUUACUGACACAAUCAAGACCCCACUAGCUAAGAAUGAAACUUUGGCACUACCUGUUGAAUCUAAAAAACCAAAGGAGGAAAAAAUACCAACACAGCCUGUACCAGUGACAAUGGAAAUUGCUCAAAGAACCACGAGCCCAACUGUCACUAGAGUCUCAGAAAUUUCAGAAGCAACUUUCGCUCCAAACAGGCUUCCAGAAUUCCCUCAACCCAAAACACCAUUCCCUCUGGCAAAACCUAGGGCGACAUUGGCUUCAGAUGAGAUACAACGGAUUGUUUCUACAGUCAAAACAUCUGAUGGUCCGAAAGUUCUGCAGCCCCACACUGCAACCUAUGACAUGCAGCCUGUUUUCUCAAGCCCUCCAACAACAGAUGAGCCUGAAAUAUCCACGGCCCAAACAGCAGCAACAAGUGAAUCUCCUCUGGACUUUGCCCCAUCUAAAACUUCUAGAACAAUUGAACAGCCAAGGGCAACACUGGCUCCAAAAGAAAUGCCACUUCUUCCUCAAAAACCGAAAAUAUCUGCCAGUCCUGAAACACAACACACUAUACUUGCUUCCACACAAACCACAUCCAUUCCUUCCACAACUAAGCGACGACGCCUCAAGACCAGACCACCAGGAACCAAAAGUGUGAUAAGCUCAACCACUUCAGAAUCUACACCAAAGCACAAACCAACUUCUCUUGAACUUGAGAGCCCAUCAGCAACAUCGGCUCCUAAAGAAAUACUUCCUGUUCCCCCCAAACCAACAACUCCCCCUGGCCCAGAAGUAUCACAACUUAUUCCUGCCCAAGAGUCUGUUAGUACUGAAACUUCACCAGCAACACCUUCACCACUGUCACUGACAACAAGAGCUCCACCAAAAUCAAAACAGCCUGGUCGGCGGCGCCCUAAACCUGCUCCCAAAGUAUCCCCCACCAAACCUGCCCUGGAACCUGUUGCACUAACAACUGAAAGAACAAAGACUACAAUAGUGUCCAAACCAUCCAGGCGCAAACCUAAAGGUCGUAAGACUAAAACCACACCAAGUACAUCUACAACACAGACCAUAUCUGCAGCACAUGAACCUGUUACACAUAGGACAGAGACAUCGGUGACAACUCUGGCUCCACAGUUGGACAAAUCAACACCUUAUGCAGGUUCCCAACUUAAAACAACACUAAGUCCAGAUGUGCCAGAGAUCAAACCUGUCGUGGAAUCUGCAACAUUCGAAACUGACACCAUGGUGAUAACAAUAGCCCCAGGACCAGGGACAGUUAUAACUCAUUCUCCAACAACAACAUUAGCUCAAAUAAAAACAAAGCCUACUCAUCCAAAGCGUCUUAGAACUAAAACUACAGCGAAACCAGAGAAACCACAGACCAAAUCUGUUCCUACUACAGCUUUAGAACCUGCCACCCUUAGAACUGUGACUCCAGGAACAACAUUAGCACCCAAAGUACCUACAACACGGCGUCCACGCCCACGUACGCGCCCAAGCUCUCCUCCACGUAUGCGCCCAAGCUCUCGCCCCGGUAUACGCCCAAGCUCUCGCCCACGUGUACGGCCAAGCCCACGUGUACGCCCAAGCCCACAUCUACCCCAAACUACUACACCAAGUCCUGAAGCACCUCAAACCAAACCUGCUCCCACAGAAGUGCAAACUAGUCUUUUCCAAACAACAUCACCACACCUAGAAAAACCACCAAUUACACCUGCUCACAAACCAAUCAUACAAAAUCGAACAAAGUCACCUUCGCAUCCCAAGCUUAAAACAACUCCAAGUCUACCUGUACCUCAAACCAAACCUGUUUCUAAAAUAGAACUGGAAUCCGUUGCAUUUAGCACUGCAUCACCAAAGGCAACCAUAGUUUCUAAAAUAGAACUGGAAUCCGUCGCAUUUAGCACUGCGUCACCAAAGACAACCAUAGUUUCUAAAAUAGAACUGGAAUCCGUCACAUUUAGCACUGUGUCACCAGAAACAACCAUAGCUCCAGCAGAAACACAUUAUGCACAUCCUAUACCUAAAACAUCACAGAGCCCUGAUGAGCAACAAACCAAAGCUGAUACCACUACUCUUGAGAGUACAUUCCUGGAAUCUAUUACAUAUGUAUCUGAGCCACCCACGGAAACAAUAGCUUCCGUAGAGACAACACUUCUGCCUUCCAAAACUUUAGCACUGCCCAGGCCAGAUGCACCACAGACAAAACCUGCUCCAAAACAGACAACACGUGCUCCACCCAAAAUGAAAACAACACCGAGCUCAGUCAAACCUGCUCCCAAGGGUUCCCGACCUGUCACUUCAAAACCGAAAAUAUCACCAAGACCACAUGUGUCACCAACUCUACCUGUUCCUACAGAAAGACACAUCUCUUCCUCGCCUCAGCCAUCCCUGAUUCCUAUUAUAUCUCCGACCACACAUGUCCCAGAAGAAAUCACAAUUAGAAUCAAGCAACCAAAGACAACUAUAGUUCCAACAACCAUCACACUGAGAACAGCAACCUCGACAACAAUAGCUCCCAGAGAUGUACAUAAACCAGGCCCAGAUGUCUCUCAGACCAAACCUGUCCUGGAACCUGUUACAUUUAGAAUUGAACCAUCAAAGCCAACGAUGGCUCCCAUAGAGACAAAGGGCACUUCUCCUAAGCCUAAGAUUUCACCAAGUCCAAGUCAAGAUGUACUACAAACCACGCAGGCAGAAACAGGUCGAUCAACUCAGCAACCAGUCACGACGAAGGCUUCUCGAACACGUAAACGGAUAAAGACAACUCAGGCACCAAGUAAAGUGUACACUACUACUAUAAAGAGGCAACCUGUCAGACUUCCCAAAAACAGGACAAUUUCAGGAACUGCCAGGCCUAAACCCAAUGGAAUUUCACAAGAAACAGGUUACACCAAGACAAUCUCUGGAGAUGUUAAACCUUUCAGUAUCCCCAAAAAUGUUUCACUUGAUGCUACCAAAAAAACAGGUACAGCCCCUGCUACUCAUCACCCCACCUUGCCACGUCCUAAACCAACACAGCCCCAAAGAAAACCUCUGCCACCAAAUAAUGUGACUGGCAAGCCAGGAAGUACAGGAACCAUCUUGUUACCACGAGUAACCUCCCCUCCUCCAAGGGUGACAGUUAAACCUACCGGCACCACUGUGCCAAAGAAGAUGGAGAUCGACAAAAAGCAGCCAACAGCCUCUGUUUCAGAAGAAUAUAGUAAUGUGACUGACUUUAGCUCAAGCCCUACGAGAGAGACUGAUUCCCUGGGGAAUCAACGGUUUAUGGCUCCUCACGUGAAAUACAUUCCGAAGCCUGAGGACGAGCCAUGUUCCAUCACUGAUUCGAUGAAGCGGUUCCCACAAGAGGAGGUGUCAGAGGAGAACCCCACAAGCCCACCCCAGAAUCCUCCUACCAACCUCACUGUGGUCACAGUGGAAGGAUGUUCAUCAUUUGUCAUACUGGACUGGGAUAAGCCACAGAAUGACACAGUCACUGAAUAUGAAGUUAGAUCCAAAGAAAAUGGAGCACCUACAGGGAAGAAGGAGUCCAUUCAAACUACAAAUCAAACCUUCUCUACAAUAGAAAAUCUAAAACCAAACACCAGUUAUGAAUUCCAGGUGACACCCAGAAACCCUCUUGGUGAAGGCCCACCUAGCAAAACUGUGGCAUUCAGUACUGAAUCAGCGGAUCCAAGAGUGAGUGAGCCAAUUUCAGCAGGAAGAGAUGCCAUCUGGACUGAAAUACCCUUUAAAUCAGACUCUUAUUCAGAAUGCAAAGGCAAACAGUAUGUCAAGAGAACUUGGUAUAAGAAGUUUGUAGGUGUGCAGCUAUGCAAUUCUUUGCGGUACAAGAUUUACCUGAGUGACUCACUCACGGGAAAAUUUUACAACAUAGGAGAUCAGAGAGGACAUGGAGAAGACCACUGCCAGUUUGUGGAUUCCUUUUUAGAUGGCAAGACUGGACAGCAACUCAAUUCUGAUCAGCUGCCCAUCAAAGAAGGCUACUUUAGAGCAGUUCGCCAAGAACCAGUCCAAUUUGGAGAAAUAGGUGGUCAUACACAGAUCAACUAUGUCCAGUGGUACGAAUGUGGAACUACGAUACCUGGAAAAUGGUAGAUGCUGCGGUAGUGGUGAGAGAUGCCUUCUGUUCCAUCAAGGAAAAAGAGUUGGAAAUGUUGUAUUUGUCCCACUUAAACCUUUUGUUUACUAUGUAUAGAAAUUUAAAAUGGAAUUAAUGGCAAUAUUAACUGUUUAUUAAUAGGCUGCUUACUAUAUUUAUCAGGUUCUACAAAGUCAUUUAAGUAAAAUAAGAUAUAGGCAUUAACAGGAAUUUGGGAAGCUGGCUCCCUGCUCAUGGUAUUUUAAGAGAUACAGUUUGUAUGUUAUUUAUCACAGUGUUGUAAUAAAUAUUUUGAGGCACUUUUAUAGUAAACUUAAAAGUACAAUAUGCAUUAAUUUUAAAUAUUCACUUUUAUUACCUGUUUAGGUAACGCUACAAACCUCUAUUCUCCCUCCCUUUGUAAUUAAUUUUAACUUAUUGGAUAAAACUCUUCUUCAAUAGAACUGAAAAUACAAUUUUCCCAACACAGUCCUCAGAAUAGAAACAGUUGAAUAAGCUUUUCUGGAAGAGCUCUGACACCUAGUCUAAACACACAAUCAGAUAUUUAGUGGAGAUAUUUGUCAAGUCUUGAGUGGAGGCAAGUUUCAUUUUAGCAUUUCAUUCUGCAUCACCUAUGCUCAGUAGAAUUCAGAGUCCUGUUUACUUAAGAGAUUUAUUCUCUAUCCAUCAGCCUAUGCUGUAGUGUCUAGAUGUAUUUUUUUUUCAUCAAACUUAGAAUUUCCACUGUCCCUUGAAAUAAAUGUGUGUCUUCAUUUAAUCUAUUAACAUGGUCAUGUCCCUAGCCAAGUUGUAAGCACUGGUUCUGAUAUUUGAGCACAAAAGAUUAAAUGAACAAGGUCUAUAAUAAUGUACAGGAUAUUUGCUAUAUAUAUUUUGUAUAAAAGACAUCUAUGAAUGAAUGCAAAGGGGGAUAUUUGUUGUAAUUCUGUUUUUUUUUUUUUAACUCAAACUGUAAAGAAAAUCUGGUUAAAUAAACUGUUCCUGGGGGAAGGGGGAUAAUUCACUGUGCUUAAUGUCUUCUAUACUGUUGCCUUUAUUCCAAAAAUGCCUCAAUUUUCCCCCUCCAAUGCUACGUGUAUUUUUUAUUUUUCAAACAUUAAUGAACUCUGCAAUAAAGAGAUGUAGUUUUUUUAA